AUGGCUUAUGUUAUUUUCUGGAAUUGUAGGGGGGCCAGAAAGUGGGAGGCCUCCCUAUAUUUUAGGGAGAUUUUGAAAGACAAUGAUUGUUUUUUUGUUGGGCUGACUGAGAAAAAGAUUUCCUGUGUAGAAAGACAUGAUGUUGAUUUGAUUACUGGUAGUGAUUGGUACUACUUUCAUCAACCGGUUGUUGGCCUCUCAGGGGGGAUUUUAGUGCUGUGGAAAAGAGAUUUGGCUUCCUUUGAAGUCAUUGAGCAUUCUUUCCAAUUGAUUGUGGUAAAUAUUAACAUCAAUGCUUUAGGCAAAUGGAAUGUGGCCACUGUAUAUGGAGCAAAGGAGGUUCAAACCUGGAGGAAUCUAUGGCAAUCUCUUGAAGAUCAUAUGCUUGGUGAUCUUUUUGACUAUUAUUGGAGGUCCAAGCUUUCUAGUAAGGAUGCUGAUUUUCUCAGUGCUUAUUUUACCAAGGAAGAAUUGAUUAAGGCGGUCUUCAGUCAAGUAUCAACGCAAGAGCUUGCUGGAGAACACCAUGUCAUUGACGUCAAGUCACUAUUGCCGAGCAGCUCCUGCUCCAUGCCUGAUAAAAGCACGAGCCCUUCCAAGCUCACGGUGGUCCAUAGGGAUGGGUGGUGCUCAUCUCGGGCACGCCAAGACAAACAAUCCCAUGUGGAGCUCCUCCGUCGUGACCAAGCCCGUGUCAAAAACAUCCACCAACAGGCUGCCAGUCCAACCUCUCGCCUCAACCCUGUUCGAGGCUCUCUUUUUGCAAGAGUUCCGGCAAACAUCGGCAAAGCUUAUCAUACCGUGAACUAUAUCAUCACCAUAGGACUAGGUACCCCUACAAAGUUCUUCACAGUUGAGUUCGACACUGGUAGUGAUCUCAGUUGGACCCAAUGUGCUCCCUGCUAUAAUUGUUACACCCAAAAAGAUCCAUUUUAUGACCCAACCCAGUCAUCCACCUUCUCUGACAUCUUAUGCACCUCUGACUAUUGUUUUGAUCUCGAUCAAUUUGGUUGCUCGUCUACCUCCACAUGUCUCUUCCAUGAAGAAUAUCAUGACUAUUCUUAUACCAAUGGCUCCUUCGUUCAAGACACCUUGACAUUCUCCUCUGAUAUUAUACAGAACUUCCGCUUCGGCUGUGGACAUAACAACACCGGGCAAUUCGGACAAUUAGAUGGUUUAUUAGGCCUCGGUCGUGGGGCUAUUUCAAUUAUUUCCCAAACAGCUCAAUUGUAUAAUAAGGUAUUCUCAUAUUGUCUACCAUCACGGCCCAGUGCAACUGGAUAUCUCGAACUAGGUAGCUCUAUCCCUGGUGUAAUUUAUACACCGAUGCUAACUGACCAAGACCUUCCAUCAUUUUACUUCAUCAAGCUCAUUGCCAUUUCUAUUGGGGGUUCACGGCUCGACCUUUCACCUACUGUAUUCACAGACCCUGGAACCAUAUUGGACUCUGGCACAGUGAUUAGCUACCUGCCGCCCACUGCCUACUCCGCCCUCCGCAACACUUUUCGACAGUACAUGACCAAAUACCCAGUAGCGCCACCACUGCCCAGUCUUGACACAUGUUAUGACUUAACUAACUACACGAUAAUGUACAUUCCAUCGAUUGCGUUGAUCUUUGACGGCGAAGUGACAACUACCUUAGAUUCCAUGGGGAUAGUUUAUGGGUUAAGUAAAUCUCAAGUGUGCUUAGCCUUCACUGAAAAUAAUGAUGAUAGUGUGGUUGUGGUCAUUGGUAAUGUGCAACAACGCAGGUUCAAUAUAGUCUAUGAUGUGGGGAACUUAAAAAUUGGCUUCGGAGCUAAUGGUUGUGACUAG